AUGAAGGUUUGCUUGGCCGCGGCUCUUGCUGCCGCCUUGGCGGCGACGGCGAUGGCCCAGGACUCUCCCGCUGAGCUUCUUCGUGAGCUGCAGGCGCAGCGGUCGUUGCUGGAAGAGCAGCGAAAGGAGCUGAAGAAGAUGACCGAAACUCAGGAGAGUUUUGCUGGUGCCAUGGAUUCGGCUUGGCUGGUCCUCUGUGGCGCGCUGGUCAUGUUUAUGCAUGCCGGAUUUGCUAUGUUGGAGACUGGCUGCUGCCGUGCCAAGAAUGCCUCGAACGUCCUGAUGAAAAAUCUCGUCAAUGUGUCAGUUGGCACAUUGGGUUGGUGGAUCUUUGGCUGGGCCUUUGCCUAUGGCUCCCAAGCCGGGGGCUUCAUUGGCACCGAUGGCUUCUUCGGCCUCGGUUUCUACCACAAGGAUGCAGCCGGCAACAUUGUGCCUGUGGAAUGUGAGGACGGGAACUGCCAGUCCACCAUGCUGAGCUGGUUCUUCCAAUGGGCCUUCUGCACUGCCGGCGCCACCAUCGUGAGCGGAUGCGUGGCAGAGCGUGUGAAGAGCCCCACCUAUGCUGUGUUCGCGUUCUGCAUGACUUCUUUCAUUUACCCCAUCAUCGUCGCUUGGACCUGGGGCGGCGGCUGGCUCGCCAGCAUCUUCGGUGUGGGAUACAUGGACUUCGCAGGAUCCGGCGUCGUUCACUUCACCGGAGGCGUCUGCGGCCUUGCUGGCACGACCAUCCUCGGCCCCCGAAAGGGACGCUUCGAGAAUCCCGAGGAGUUCGAGAUGCACAAUGUCCCACUGGUCGUGCUCGGAACCUUCGCGCUUUGGUUCGGCUGGUAUGGCUUCAACCCAGGCUCCACCCUCUCGAUGCAUGAUAAGGAGAUGGGUGCCCUCGCGGCACAGGUGGCCAUGAACACCACUCUCUCUGCCGCCACCUGCGGCAUCACCGUGUUCUUGCUGAAGUUCGUGAUCGUGCGCAAGUACGAUGUCGGCGCGCUUUGUAACGGCAUCCUUUCCGGCUUGGUGUCCAUCACUGCGGGGUGCGGGAACAUGGAGUGCGGCAGUGCUGUGCUCACCGGCUUCAUUGGCGCUUUCUUCUACAUGGCAGCAUCCAUGCUCCUUGUGAGACUGAAGAUCGACGACCCCGUGGAUGCCAGCCCGGUGCACGGAGCCUGCGGCAUUUGGGGGCUUCUCGCAGCUGCGCUCUUCGAUUGGGGGAAGGGCUUCGACCACUACCACGGCUGGAGCGGGUUCAGCUGCAUGGCCGGUGACGAUGGUGAGUGCAUGAGGCAUAUUGGCGGCACCGCCGUUGGAGCGCAGAUUGUGAUGAUUCUGGCCAUCAUCGCAUGGGCUGGGACGCUGUCCACGCUUUCCUUCCUGGCCCUGAAGUUUUCGGGGCUUCUUCGCAUUGGCGAGCACAUUGAGAAGGUCGGCUACGACAUGCACAAGCACUCUCCUUCGAAGGCCUAUGCCUUCAAUGCCUAUGGCGGCUAUACCAAAGAAUCAUCGAGUGAGGCUUCGGGUUCAGAGGGUUCAGAGUGA